CAAAAAAAUAGUAGAUUUUAAAUUGUCUUUGUGCACUAUAAAGCCACACACUCAUCCCUCACAUUCCUCAACCUCAAACAUCAUCAUAACAAAACAAAAAAAAUACCAAAAAACAUUUUCAAUAGCAAUGGAAGGUUCAGUACAAAUUAAUGUACCUGAAUCUCAUUCCAAUAUUGAGCAAGAAAAGAAACCAAUUUUGUCAUGGGAUGUAAUUAUAGAAAAAAGUUUAUCAAAUUUUGGGUGGAUGGAUUUCUUACAAGCUGUUCUUGUUGCAGUUGCAAUGUUCUUUGAUGCACAACAAUCAUUCAUAAGCAUUUACACUGAUAAUUACCCAAAAUGGCACUGCACAAAUUCAAUAUGCACUUCAUCCUCUGAUAUAUGCAAACUCCCAAGAUCUUCUUGGUCUUGGGACACACAUCCUUCAAACACAAUCAUUUCUCAUUGGAAUCUUGAAUGUGCUAGCACAUUCAUCACUGGUUUACCACAAUCUUCUUUCUUUAUAGGUUGUCUUCUUGGUUCUUUUUUUCUUGCAGCAUUAGCUGAUUCAUCUAUUGGCAGAAAAAACAUGCUAAUCUUUUCUUGUGUCUCAAUGUCAAUAACUUCCAUGCUCAUAAUCUUUUCAACCAAUGUUUGGAUUUACUCUGCCUUGAAAUUCUUGAUUGGUUUCUGGCGUUCGUCUAUCGGUACAUGUGUUCUUGUUUUGCUUACCGAGAAAGUUAGUGCUGAAUGGCGAUUUAGAGUUGGAAUUGUUGAGUAUUUUACUUUCACAAUGGGGUACAUGUCUUUACCUGGUUUUGCUUAUAUUAACCGAAACUCUUCUUGGAAAAGUCUUUACAUUUGGUCGUCAGUUCCUGCUAUAUGUUAUUCUGUCAUUGCUUAUCUCUUUGUUACCGAGUCGCCUAGGUGGCUUGUUAUGCAAGGUCGAGAGAAAGAAAUUUUGAAAAUGCUCAAAAGGGUUUCUUCUGAAGAAAGUGCCGAUGAUGAUAGCGUUAACUUAGCUUCGAAUUUACCAAUACUUCCCCCAAAAGAAAAAGUUUCAUUUUUUCAACUUUACUCAUCAAUAGGAGAAUUAUUUCAUAAAAGAUGGGCUGUUAUAAGAAUGAUAGCUGUUAUGAUUCUUGGAAUUGGACUUGGAAUGGUUUAUUUCGGUAUGCCACUAGCUGUUGGAAAUUUAGGAUUCAACAUUUAUUUGGCAGUGGUUUUUAGUGCUUCAAUGGAAUUACCUUCUUGUGUAGCAACAUAUUUCUUGGAAAACCUUAGAAGAAAACCUUCAAUUCUUGUGUUUUCUAUCUUAGGUGGAAUUUGUUGUGUGACGUGUGCUGUUUUGGAGAAUAGAGUACCAGCUGCUAAAGUGGUUUUAGCAAUGGUUGCGUUUUUCGGAGCUUGUACGGCUUAUAAUGUGUUUCUCAUAUACAUUAUAGAGUUGUUUCCGACAUGUGUGAGGAACACAACAACGUCGUUGGUGAGACAAGCUAUUGUGUUCGGUUGCAUAUUUUGUCCCUUUUUGAUAUCCGCGGGGAGGAAAAACAAUAUUUACUCAUAUGGUGUGUUUGGAGUUGUUAUAAUGUUGUCCAAUUUUACAUUGUUCUUUUUGCCAGAGACUAUAGGGAUUGUUCUUUGUGAUACAAUGGAUCAACAAGAGAAGAAAGAAAUAGCUUUGUGUGAUGCCAUGAACCAACAAGUGAGAACAGAAAAUGUUUCUGUGUAAGAGGGCAAUUCAGUUUCAUCCAAACCAAUUGGUCAAAAUUUGUAGGUUUUUUAACUUUUUUUUCUUCUAAAUUUAGGAGUGCUCAAUUAAUGUACUUUUUCUUGUUAAUAAUAAUGAUAAAUUCUACUAGUACAUGUUCAUUCCA